CUAUACAAAUGUAUGAUUGAACUAUGACUUGACUUGCCAGCAACCUGGUAGAAACCUCGUGCUGUGAGACGGGUCAAAUAGAGCCGAAUACACAAGCCAUGGCAUACGGCGAACUGAAGAACCGAAGGAGAAAGGAUUAUGGCUAUCUUCUCGAGUACAGAACACGAUGGUCUGACAAUGAUAUGUAUGACCAUAUGAAUAAUAGCAUCUACAAUUUCUUAUACGACUCCAUCGUCAACACAUAUCUCAUUGAGGAAUGUGGAUUACACCCACCCACGUCUCCUCAGUAUGGACUGGUCGUUCACUCUCAUAGCGAUUUCUUCGGCUCGAUCGCGUUUCCUGCCGUUGCCGAGCUGGCUUUAAGAGUCAACAAGUUGGGCAAGAGUAGUGUUACAUAUGAGAUAGCUCUAUUCGAACGAGGAGUUGAUGAAGUUAAAGCUGUGGGCGAGAUAGUACAUGUCUUCGUCGAUAGAGAGACCGGCCGGCCAGCUGCAAAAGGCAUGAACGGAGAUCUCAAGGAAGGCCUCCGAAAGAUCUUAGUGCAGCAAUCCAAACUUUGAUGCCUAGGAUUAUCCAUCAUGCAUACAACUGUUCGAGCCUUUUCUUUCUAUAUGACCAGUCAGGAAGCCCAAAGUCACACUUAACCCGCCAAACUUUUGAUCUAUUUAUUUUGCUGUUGUCCUUCGGAUUGGACUUCUUUUACUGCAGGUG